AUGCAUCAAGCUCCCAACCUGGCUGAGGCGCCGCCCAAGAAAAUUGAUGACACUCGCUCUGGGCAACAUGCCCCGGGCAGCCCCGAACACAAUGGCCUCAGCAUUAGUACUGCCCAUGGAAAUCACGCCCACCCGCCCGGCGGAACUUCCCCUCCGGCGAGGAAAGACACCACGUCGUCGACGUCGACCACGGCAACUAUCGCAACCCUGGCGACGCUUGCCUCCACCGAAACAGCGUCCUCUGGAUACAGCGCCGAGGCAUCGCCAACCUUUGUAACGCAGGCCGUUUUUUCGGUCAAGGACGGAAGCGAUGCCGCAGCGCAGCGCAGGGCGAGCAGGCGGCGAACCGGCCCGCUCUCUCCACUGCAGAGGGAGAGGGCAGCCUUGAUUAGGAAGAUGGGUGCUUGCCUAGAUUGUCGCCGGCGAAGGGUUGCGUGCCAUCCAAACCACCACAACAUGUCGUGGGAACAGGCGGCGGUUAAGUUUACAGCGCCUAGUCCAGCCAGGCAGGCGCUUCCACCGCUCAGCGGUCGGCCGAUUAGUUCGGCACAACAGUUGAGCUCUAACAAGCCCGUUUUCACCGAAGACCCACAGGAUAUGGACAUUGACGUAUCCCCGCCUCAGCAGCAGCCUGGCCGGACUUCACUCUCGGAUUUGCAAAAUAGGACCCCCCUUCCCUCGGGACCGCGCCACGACAAAGCCGUGAACAUGGCUGCUUUGCCUGGAAUCGACAGCCUCAAGCCCGAUCUCGAGGGAAUCGCGUCUAGGUUCCUAGCCAACCCCUACCGGAGCCGUUACACCAGUGUCUCGGUGCUCCUAGUGCACUGGCAGGACGAUGAGGACCUCCAGGCCAGAGAGGCCAGGGAGGAGCUGGGCAGUGUGCUCGAACGGAACUACAACUAUACGUUUCAGAUCAAGGCGAUCCCUCCGUCGUCUGAUGGGUGUCGCAGCUCGUUUAGAUGGCUCUCGGGGGAAGUUAAUAACUUGAUCGACAACCAAGACCAACGCGAUAUUCUGAAGAUUUUCUACUACAGUGGCCAUAGCUAUCUCGAUGGCAACCGAGAAAUGGUGCUUGCGAGCUCUAAGCACGCCGAUCCUACAACGACCAUUCGAUGGAGUGGCAUUCAGCAAAUCCUCGAGGACGCAUGCUCGGACACAUUGAUCAUAAUGGAUUCGGCGUACUACCCCUCGUCGAAGAUGGUCCGGAAGGAAGGUGUGUUGGAGUUGAUUGCUGCAUCGGCCAGCGAGGACCAUGCCAAGCUCAUUGACCGAAGCGCUUUCACUCGUGCCUUGACUACCCAGCUACGGACAAGGGCCAGUCAGAAGUAUAUGGACCGAUUCUCAGCAGCAGAGUUGCACGCCGAACUGCUCUCUCUGUACCCUAAAAUCAUCCAGGACCAGAGCCCCGAGAAAGAAAUGGUCACUAGUUUUCCGUCUCCGCUUCAUACGCAGAUCUCGGGUAGUGCGAAACUACCAUCGAUCCUCUUGGCCCCAAUGCAAAAAGGUCUGCCACCUUACACGCCUGAUUCGCCCUCUAGCGGAGCCAAUAUGGUUUUGACAUUCCGGCUUUCGGACGACUCCAUCAAUAUGGAUAGCUGGGCUGAAUGGCUGCGCUCCAUGCCUGAAGGAAUUAAAGAAGUGAAAGUCGACGGUCCAUACCGCAAUACGUUUAGAUGACAAAAUCCAUCAUCUCUUUCGACAAUUUGCUAGCAAUCUUCAGCAAUUUGUCUAGGCGUUCAGUACUCCUAGUGUCUCAGCCGACACUCGAAGGCCUACUGGUACCGCGUUUAUACCCAGUACCGAGUUGAGAUUUUUCUUUCUUGGUACCUACUUCAGCCCUCUUCCCCCCUUUUUUCUUUUGUCGGGGUUGUAUUGAGGAAUGCUUCCUUGUGUGGUAUAAAAAGGUGUGAUGUUUGUUUUUUAAUACCCAGAUUGCUUGAGGCUCUUGAGAGGUCAGAGAGCCGGCAAGACGCGAUAUUGGUUAUAUUUUUAUAAAAGCAGAGAUAAACCGACGCCCAUCUCCCGCU